AUGCUCCUCAUGCCUUCGGACCUCAAGAAGGCCCGCAUCAUAACCGUCGUCGCCUGUACCGUCACCUCACUGGCUUGUGGUUCCAACUAUGGCUACUCGAUAUGGGGCCCCAGCUUUGCGGCCCGGCUCAAGCUGACCGCCACAGACAGCAACCUCAUUGGCAAUCUGGGGAAUUUUGGCAUGUACGCUUUUGGCAUUCCCUCGGGCAUGAUGGUCGACGCGAAAGGGCCACGAUGGGGUCUGACAUUGGGCAUCGUGCUGUUCGGUGCCGGCUACUAUCCCAUUGCCAAAGCUUACGAGGCUGGACCCGGGCACUACAGCGUCCCGUUAAUAUGUCUGUUCUCCUUCCUCACCGGUGCCGGCAGCUGUUCAGCAUUCACCGCCUCCAUCAAGGCUGCCGCGCUUAACUAUCCCGAGUCGAGAGGAACAGCGACAGCCUUUCCCCUGGCUGCGUUCGGUCUGAGUGCUCUGUUCUUUGCCGCACUUGCGCAAAUACUCCCGGGCGGCACAUACAACUUUCUCAUUCUCCUCGCAACUGGCACCGUCUUGCUGCCCCUGCUCUCGUUCCCGUUUAUACGCGUAUUCCCACACCACACGUACCAGCAUGUCCCUGAACAUGAACACCAAGUCCUCCACCGGACCAGACCGUCAGGGAGCCGUCCAUCCCCUCGAUACGAAGAACCAGGUGCGCCCAAAACCCAUUCCUCAAACGCCCGUGGGGAUGACGAGUCCUUCUCCUCUGACCCGGAAUCACACCAUACUGGCGAUGAAGGAGCAUCGCUUCUCUCAAAAACCUCCACCCAGGAACAAGCUGCCGAAGACCUCGAAGCUUCAAAGCAUCUCGAAUCUGACAGAAAUCACGAGCACCCGCAUUUAGACGUUCGAGGCUUCGCCCUGCUCCCACACCCUGAGUUCUGGCAGUUAUUCAUCAUGAUGGGUCUGCUGACUGGUGUUGGAUUGAUGACCAUCAAUAACAUCGGCAACGACGCCCUCGCGCUUUGGAAACACGCCGACCCCACCACGCCCGCGUCCUUUAUCGAAGCCCGCCAAGCGAUGCACGUCUCGAUCCUCUCGUUCUGCAGUUUCAGCGGCCGCCUCCUCUCGGGCAUCGGCUCCGACAUGCUCGUCUCGAAGCUGAACCGCUCGCGCUUCUGGUGCCUGUUCGCCUCGGCGCUGAUUUUCUGCGUCACGCAGGUCGUCGCCACCAACGUGUCGGACCCGCACUACCUCGUCCUCGUGUCCAGCCUGACGGGUCUCGCCUACGGCAUCCUUUUCGGCGUGUACCCGUCCCUUGUGGCCCACUGUUUCGGCGUCCACGGCCUGUCCCAGAACUGGGGCACCAUGACCCUCGCGCCCGUCGUGUCCGGCAACGUGUUUAACCUGCUCUACGGCAAAAUCUACGACGCCCACUCCGUCAAGAACGACCAGGAAGGACACAUGGAAUGUCUGCUGGGGAAUCAAUGCUACCGGUCGGCUUACUGGGUUACAUUUGGCGCGGCCGUGCUCGGGGUGCUAUGUUGUGGAUGGAGCAUCUGGCAUGAAAACCAGGUGCACAAGGCUAAAGCCAAGGAAGAAAGAGGCGGGCACGAGAGAAUUGCAUGA